AUGACUAGGUCCGGAGAUUCAUCAUCAUUUUCACUGAAUUGUUGUCCCGAUUAUUAUCUCAGAAAUGGAGUUUGCGUAGAUUGCCCAGAUGGAAAGUACGGACCAAGUUGUCAGUUUGACUGUGAGUACCCAAGGUAUGGAAGACGAUGUCUUGGAGGAAACUGUACCUGUUCUAUAGAGGCGUGUGAUCCGGCAACUGGAUGCCGAGAAAUAACAACUAUCUACCAUAGACGAAAAGGAUGUUCGUCAUCGACGAACGAUAUGAGAAGUGAAAGAAACAUAUCGGAGAAUUUUGUAACAGGCAACAUUAAAAUGGACUCAGAAAAUAUCAAAGACGAACAGAAGGCCAACGAAGAUUCCCAAGACGUUCCACUCAACACCAUAAUUCUGUCUGUCAUCGGUGGAUUAGUCAUACUACUGCUCAUUAUUGUGAUCAAUGUACUGAUAAGAGGAAAACGGAAAGUGAAAGUUGAAAUAGGAGAUUCUGUAGAGAACAGUAGUAGAGGACAUCUUAAUACCUACUGCGAAAUAAAUGAUCUAAGCCUUCCAACGACUUCGCAGGAUUGCAGAAGUGAUUUGGGAAAAUAUGAACUUAUUGUCCAGUCCGGAGAGAACAAGAAAAGAUUUUCCUCACUUCCAAUAUCAGAGCAAAACCGAAAAAGCGACGCAGGAAAGUAUGAGCUGAUCAAGACGUCAGAUAAGGAAAGAUCGAAAUAUUCUACUCUACCCUCUAAAACCACGUCUGUCACAAACGGAGAUAGUUAUAUAACUCCAGUACCUUCUGCAAUUCAACUUACAGAUACGCAAGAGGAAGACCUUCCAAUACCUAACGAAAUGAAGCAGGGGACCGCAGAAUCCCCUGUAAUACUUAGUAAAGCUAUAAAUGACCGUGAUCCCAAUUUAUUAGCGGUUUCAGGUUCCUUUGCAGUAUCCAAACAUGUUAGUGGUUAUAUUGACAUGAACGAAUCUGAAAAACCAGAUGAGUAUGUUCCGAUGGAGGGUCAGAUUCAUACCCUGAAUAACUCUGAUCCACGUAGGUGUGAAGAAAAACAUAUAUUGAACGAAACUUACAAGUGA